CUGCGUUUUGGCAUUGAAUUAUUGUGGAAUGGAAUAAAAGAUUUGUUUUCUAAUAAGUUUAAUAGUGAUACAUUUUUAAUAAAAAAAGCUUUCAAAGGAAACGUACUUUGCUUUCCUAUUAUUACGUUAUUACAAUUUCAUGUUGUCGAAACCGCAUCAAAGGGCUGGUCGAAGCACCAUUGAAUUAAGGGAUUUAGAGAAUGGUGCUGUUUCAAACACAUUUCACCUAUCGACAGAUGACAUCCCCGAUGAUCGAGGUUCGCUGCAUGAAGUAUAUCAACCAUUGUCUUUCCAACAAAAAAAGAAUAUCGUUUUCUUAAUACUAUUGUAUCUUAUUCAAGGUGUUCCUAUGGGAUUGAUAAAGGGCAGUAUUCCUUAUUUCCUAAAACCACAUUGUACUUAUUCAGAUAUUGCAACUUACUCACUGGCUUCCUAUCCAUAUAGCUUAAAGGUGCUUUGGAGCCCGAUCGUAGACACAUAUUACUUUCCCAAAUUUGGUCGACGCAAGACAUGGGUAGCACCUUGCACGUUUUUUCUAGCUUGCACAUUGUUAGUUUUCUCUUACAACAUAGAUAUAUGGAUUGAAAGGGGCUCUUCUUACAUCAAUUCCUUCACUGUUUGGAGUUUCUUUCUGGUUUUUAUUUGCGCAACUCAAGAUAUUGCAGUAGAUGGAUGGUCGUUGAAUAUGCUUGAUGUUCAUCAAUUGAAUUAUGCCUCAACCGCCCAAACAGUUGGGUUGAAUACAGGUUACUUUCUUUCGUUCACUGUUCUGUUGGUUCUGACCUCCCCUGAGUUUGCAAACUCUGUUUUACGUAUCAGCACUUUAAAUGAAGGUUUAAUCACUUUGAGCGGAUAUAUUCGCUUUUGGGCUUUAAUUACGCUCGUUUCGGUUGUUUUAAUUUUGGUUUGGGAGGAACAGAAACCAGAGCAUGUAGCAAAUAUGAAGGAUACCUUUCGUUCAAUUCGAGACAUUCUUUCGUUAAGGAAUAUGAAACAGCUUUUAGUGGUUCACCUAUUUGGUAAAGUUGGGUUUGUCGCCAAUGAAACUUUGACACUUCUUAAAGCAACAGAAUCUGGUUUAAACAAAGCAAUGCUUUCUUUAAUUAUCUUAAUCAAUUUUCCCCUGGGAUUAAUCCUGGGCGUGUAUAUUGGACAUAUUAGCAAUAAGCGGCCUCUCUACGUAUGGUUAUGGGGAUAUUGGGGUCGAACAAUUUCUAUUGUGCUAAACGUGGCACUUGUAUAUGCGGUCACCUACUUUUCAGAGAAACUAUCGUUGUUUCUUGCCAUUCUCAUUUGUUACACUCUUAAUGCCUCCUUUAUGACUGUCCAGUUUGUUUCGAUAGGUGUAUUCCACAGCCAAAUCUCUGAUCCUGCUAUUGGAGGAACUUAUAUGACGAUUCUCAACACAAUAAGUAAUUUAGGUGGGACAUGGCCACAAUACAUUAUGUUAAAAUUAGCAGACUGGGUUACUUUUUCAUACUGUUCAGCCGAUCAUAACCUGCGAUGCAUCACGGACGAUGUUAAAAAUGUGUGUGCCUCUAAAGGAGGUCAAUGUAUAUAUAAAAGAGAUGGUUAUUACUUUACGUCCAUCCUCGGCAUAUUUCUUUCUAUCCUUCUUUGUAUUAUCACUAUAUUCCCAAUUGUGCGUAAGCUCAAUAAAGUCCCCGCCUCAUCUUGGCAUAUUCAUGGUAAAUUUUCUUCAAAUCAAUAGAUUUUAAUGUUCUUUCUUUCUUUCUUUUGACUAAUAUAUUUAUUAUUUCGUUUCGAUAUUCAAAAAUAG